GCUAGCCAGUUGUGAAUAGCCGUGAAAGGCGCGUGCGUCUGCGUUGGCGUGUGAGCCACCUCAUGGAUGAACAUACGUAGUUUACGUGAAAUCGUUUCGUUUCAAUUUCGAGCGUCAUCGCUUGCCUACCUCGCAGUAGUGCAUUCUGUGAAAUGUCUGUGUACCACGACGAAGUUGAGAUUGAAGACUUUGAGUACGACGAGGAAUUGGAGACGUAUUUCUAUCCGUGCCCAUGUGGGGACAGGUUCGAAAUAACCAAGGAGGACCUGCUGAAUGGUGAAGAGGUGGCGACAUGUCCCAGCUGCUCCCUGCUAGUGAAAGUGAUAUACAAUCAGGAGGACUUCAUUCGAGAAAAAGACACACUAACCAAAGAAGAACCAGCCAAGCUUCAAGCAACCAAUUAAGGAGGUGCCUUGAAAACCAUCACCGCUGCUGCUUGCUUAAUUUCCAGAAUUUACUGUUCAGAUACAACUACAAAGCUUCUAAAUGGAGGGUUUCUCCAAAGCUUAGGUAUGAAACGAGCAUGAUUCUUUAUUGUACAUAUUUCAUCCAGAAUUACAAGUACAAGAGAAGAUAAAAA